CGGCGAGCGUUUCACCUGCGGCACCUGCGGGCAGAGCUUCAAGCAUUUCCUGGGGCUGGUGACCCACAAGUACGUCCACCUGGUGCGGCGGACGCUGGCCUGCGGCGUCUGCGGGCAGAGCUUCGCCGGCGCCUACGACCUGCUGCUGCACCGGCGCCGGCACCUGCAGAAACGCCAUUUCGGCUGCUCGGUUUGCGGGAAGCGGUUUUGGGAAGCGGCGUUGCUGAUGCGGCACCAGCGCUGUCACACCGAGGAGCGGCCCUACCGCUGCGCCGUCUGCGGCCGCGGCUUCCUGCGCUCCUGGUACCUGCGGCAGCACAAGGUGGUGCACACCGGCGAGCGCGCCUACAAGUGCGCCCUUUGCAACAAGCGCUUCGCCCAGUCCUCCAGCCUGGCCGAGCACCAGCGCCUCCACGUCGUCGCCCGCCCCCAGCGUUGCCAAACCUGCGGCAAGACCUUCCGUUACCGGUCCAACCUCCUGGAGCACCGGCGCGUUCACCUGGGCGAGAAGGUUUACCGCUGCGAGCUUUGCGGCAAGAGCUUCUUCUACCUGUCCUCCAUCCUGCGGCACCAGCGCUCCCACGACGCCCGCCGCGACCUGCGCUGCUCCGCCUGCCUCAAGCUCUUCAAGGACCCCAAGUACUUCAGCAAGCACCUGCAGACGCACCAGGGCGGGCGCCCCUUCAAGUGCAGCACCUGCGGCGAGGCCUUCAGGAACACCUACGGCCUCAAGAAGCACCGGCACGGCCACAAGCUCGAGCGCCUGGCCGCCCUGGCGCACAAGGAUGCUUGA